AUGGUGCAAUACGGCCGAUAUCUGCUUUCUCACCGCGUACCAGGAUGGGAACCAUAUUACCUCAACUAUAAGUCUCUGAAGAAGGAAAUUCGUGCCUAUGAAGCCGCCGUGGCGUCGGGGGUCACGGAGGAAGACGUUCAGCAGGACAUGGCACGUCGAUUUUCUGAACAUCUCGACUCGCAGAUGGAGAAGGUGGUGCUGUUCUUCUUGGAGCAGCAGGGCGUGUUGGCGGGAAAGCUCCAACGGCUACGAGAGCAGAGGGAAGGGUCGAACACGCGGGGAGACGAGUCCAGCCUAGCGAUCGUGAUGUCGUCCGAUUUUAGCGACAUGAUGGAACAGUACAGGGACGUGGGGCGGGAGCUGCUGCAGCUACUGCAGUUUGUGGAGCUGAACGCCACGGGCCUGAGGAAGAUCCUGAAGAAGUUUGACCGGCGUGUGGGCGUGAGGCUGGGACACACGUACAUUGCUUCGCGCACGCUGCAUCCCUACUCGCACCUGCAGCAGAUCUUCAAACAAGUGGGUCUGGGCGCCAUGGUGGGAACAAUCAUCCGCAAUCUGGACGAGCUGCACCGCAGGGAGCGGUGCUUCUCCUCGCCCUCCAAUCUCCUCUCACCACGUGGUGCCGGCACGCCCAGACGCACGUCCUUCUCGCUCUUCAGGCAGGGGGACGAGUCCCCGGUGUACGUGGCUCAGGAGGAGCCCAUCAUUCAGGAAAUCGAGGCGGCACGGGCGAAGCUGACAGACGCGGUGGGGUACAGCACGUACAUGGCCAAGGGGCUGCUGCUGCCGCCUGCUCCUGAGAGAGGGCCCGAGGCAGGAGAGCCGGAGUUCCACUGGUGGUCGCUGCAGCUCAACCAGUUCAACACGUUCCUCUACAUGGUGAACUACUACAUCAUCGUGCCCACAUCAGACGAGUACGCCAUACUCCUCUCCGCGCCACCAGCUCUCUGCGGCAUUAUUAUCGGCGCCACGCCCCUCUGUGCGCUGGUGUCGGCCUUCAUCUUCAGCAAGUGGUCCAACACGUCCUACACGCAGCCCCUUCUCGUCUCCACGCUCGUCCUGCUGCUCGGCAACUUCGCCUACGCUGCUGCGCUGGAUUUCAAUUCUGUAGCACUGUUGCUCAUUGGGCGGUCACUCACCGGCCAUGCACGCGCGCCCCUGUGUGCGCUGGUCUCAGCCUUCAUCUUCAGCAAGUGGUCCAACACGUCCUACACGCAGCCCUUACUCGUCUCCACGCUCGUCCUGCUGCUCGGCAACUUCGCCUACGCCGCUGCGCUCGACUUCAACUCCGUUGCCCUCCUUUUGAUUGGCCGGUCUCUCACCGGAAAUUUCACCCUCAUCGACUUCCUCAACUUCCACUUCCUCGGCUUCACUGUCAUCUCCGUCACCUCCCCCGGCUGGCUCAUGGUUCUCUUCCUUUGCACUGCACUGCACCCCUUUCCACCCUCCCUCCCUCCCUGCAGGCUGGGAGGAGUGCGAGCGAUUAACCGCAGAUACAUAGCCGACCACGUGCCAUCCUCCGAGCGAACCUCAGCCUCGGCGGGUUUCGUGAGCGCAGGAGCCCUAGGCAUGGCAGCAGGGCCCUUCGCAGCCUCCCUCAUUGACUUCCUCAACUUCAAGUUCCUCGGCUUCACUGUCAACUCCGUCACCUCCCCCGGCUGGCUCAUGGUGCUCUCCUGGCUGCUCUACCUCGCCUUUGUGGUGCUUUUCUUUAAGGAACCGGACCGGUCUCACCUGCAGGCGCCAACGCCAUCGGCAGCAGCAGCGGGGGUGAAACGGGAGAAGUCCGGAGGGGAUUUGAGGAGGAAGGGGUCGAAAGAGGCUGCGCUGGGAGGGAGCCUGAAGAGGGGGGGUUCGAAAGAAGCAGCCCUGGGAGGGAUGGGAGCGGUGGGCGUGAAUGGGGUUGGGGGAGAGAGGGGAGGGUGGGGGGACAGGGAUGGGGUGGUGGUGGGAGAGGGGAGUAUGAUGACUGCUGCGUCACCUGCUGAUGGCUCGCGUGAGAUUGAGGAUGGAAGGAUGGAAGCAGGGGCAGGGGACCGGGAAAAGGGCGCUGGGGCAGGGAGUAGAGUCCUGGCAUUGAUGAGGGAAAGGACGAGGUGGACGAGGAGGUUCUUGAGAAUUCUCAGAAACCAGCUUGAUGAGGGGGAGGACGAGCCGGACAUAGAUGAGGGGGAGGACGAGGAGGAUGAGGAUGAUGAUGCUGCAUCGUCCACUGGGGCCGUGGAGACGCUCCCAGAGCUCAUGAAGGAGUUGUCCCGGCCUAUCUCGGUCCUCCUCUUCAUGUACUUCAUGAUCAAAUUCGCCACAGAGGUGCUUAUAUCAGAAUCCAGCCUUAUCUCCAAGUACUACUUCCAAUGGACCAUCAACGACAUUGGUUGGUUCCUGGGUCUCCUGGGUCUCACAGUGCUGCCCAUCAGCUCAGUGGUUGGAAACUACAUCACCAACAUAUUCGAGGACAGGCUGGUGAUCAUGUGGACGCAGGGCCUGAUCGCAGUUGGGGUGAUAGCUGUGAUGUGUUUUGCGCCAAUCAUCAAGUACACUACACAGCAGUACAUUGUUGCUGCUGUCAUCAUCUUUGUCUCCUGCAACGUGCUCGAAGGGGUUUCUCUUUCACUCAUGUCGCGCAUAAUGUCACCACGCCUUGCAAGAGGAACGUUCAAUUGCGGCCUUCUGUCGACUGAGGCUGGAACUUUCGCCCGAGUGGUGGGGGACGGCCUCAUUACUCUUGUUGGAUACUAUGGCACGCAUCUAGUCCUCAACCUUACAAUGAUUCCGGUGCUAGUAAGCGUCCUAGUUUCUUUACUAGCCACUCGCCUCAUGCUCAACACCGUCGGAUUCUACCAGAUUGCCAAGUUGAGCAUCAUUCCAGUGGUCUGCUUCUUCGAAGCUCUCCUCCAUUCAAAGGCCUACUCGCGCGAGGUCAAGUUCUCCGUGGCAGUGGUCAUGGUGGGAGUGGGUGUGUGCACCGUCACGGACAUCAACAUGAACGCCUUUGGCUUCGUCGCCGCUACCGUCGCCGUCAUCAGCACGUCUCUGCAGCAAAUCUUCAUCGGGUCGCUGCAGACCAAGUACAGCAUCGGCUCCUUCGACCUGCUCAGCCAGACGGCUCCCAUUCAGGCGGCACUGCUCCUGCUGCUCGGCCCCGUUAUUGACUACUUCCUUAUCUCGCAAUCCAUUUUGAAAUACCAGCUCACAUGGGGCUCUGCGGUCCUGGGUCACAUGAAAACGGUCCUGGUUCUCGCCAUGGGCUUCCUCGUAUUCAGCUCUCCGAUCACCAUGAAGAACGUGAUGGGUAUGCUGAUGGCUGUGUUGGGAAUGGUUCUAUACAGCUGGGCUGUUGAGAAGGGCAAGAAGGAGAAGGAAGCAAGGGACAAGCUUCAGAGAUCUCCUAUGGUGUCUGCUGCUCUUCCAACCAAAAUGCCAGAUGAGGGGAUGGAGAAUGGUGAAAAGUUGGCACUGCUGUCUAGCAACGAUGAUGUUGAAGCUGGAAGGCAAGGCUAA